AUGAUUGAUUCAUAUGCAUUAUUUAAUGAAGAACUUGAUGAUCAAUUAUUCGUUAUUAAUACAUUUCUCAAUAUUAUUUGGGCAACAGGAUUUCUGAUUUUCUGGCGUCGACGACAAGCUGAAUUAGCUUAUAAAUGGAAUACACUUGAUAUGGAAUUAGUAGAAGAUACUCGACCAACAUAUAAAGGUCAAUUACGUCGGUCACCUAUAACAAAUAAAUAUGAACCGUAUUAUCCAACAUGGAAACGUUUAUUAUUUCGAAUGUUUGUAACAAUACCUAUGAUUGGUAUUAAUAUUAUUCUUGUUUCAUGUGUUAUACUUGUUAUUAUUCGUUUUCAAAGUUGGAUUGAUAGACGAUUAAAAGAUGGGACUUUACCACACCUAAUGUCAUUAACAGAAUUAUCACCAAAAAUUUUAUUAGCAUUAGUUACAACAUUAUUUAGUGAUAUUUAUAAACGUAUUUGCCGUUGGUUAACUGAUCGAGAAAAUUAUCGAGAACAACGAGUACAUGAUAAUCAAAUGAUUGCAAAAUUAUUUGCUUGUUCAUGUGUUAAUUCAUACUUUAGUGUAUUUUACAUUGCUUUUUUUACUCAUAAAUAUAUCCGAUUAUCUCAUCAAUUGGUUACUAUUUUUGUAAUGAAACAAUUCUGGGGAAACGUAAAAGAAGCUAUUGUUCCAUAUAUAGUCUCUACUACUCGAUUAAUGGUAUUAGUUAAAAUGAGUAAGAAAGAACAUGCUCGUUAUGCUGAACGAAAAGAUUUAAAUAAAGAAUUGAAACGUAUUCUUGAUGUAUCGAAUAAUUCAAGAUUGAAUAGUGUUAAACAACAAACUGAUAAUCAUGCAUACACAAGAAAAGCUGUUGAUGAUAUAUUAACAGAUAAUACACUUAAUCGUCGUGGUUCAACACCAACAUUUGAAACUUUAUCAUUAUCACAAGCUGAAAUUGAAUGUUCACAACCAAAAUGGCCAGAUUUAUAUGAUGAUUAUUUAGAAAUAGUCGUACAAUUUGGUUAUAUUAUAUUUUUAUCAACAUUAUUUCCUCUUGCAGCAUUUUUUUCCUUAUUAAAUAAUUUACUUGAAAUUCGUACUGAUGCAUUUAAAUUAUGUAUGAUAUAUCAAAGACCAUUUUCACAACGUGUUAAAGAUAUUGGUCAUUGGCAAAAAAUUAUGGAAUAUAUGGUUAUGGCAGCAAUUAUUAUAAAUUGUAUAUUUUGUUCAAUACGUGGUGUUUUUCGUCGAUUAUUACCGAAUUUACCAUUUGCUGCAGAAAUAUUCCUACUUGUUUGCAUUGAACAUUUAUUAAUUUUACUCUGUCAAAUAAUUCGAUCAAAUGUUGAAAGUGUACCAUAUUGGGUACGAGUUGAAAAAUCUAAAAUGGAAUAUCGUCGACGUGAAGCACUUAAGAAAUUCGAAUGCGAUGUAUUACAUCAAAAGGAAACUCGGAGUCAUACUCACAAUGAAUAA